CCUUUCUCCCUCUAAUCUUUUUUAUAAUAUCAUGUUGAGAACCGUUCCCAAGUUGGUACGCUCCAGUGCCCGUUUCUACUCUUCUGAGGCUGCUCCUUUGGGCAUGUCUUUCUCAUUAAAUGAAGAGCAAAAGUCUAUUCAAGAUAUGGCACGUAAAUUUACUCGUGAAGAAAUCAUUCCCGUGGCUGCUGAACACGACCGUACCGGAAAGUACCCCGUUGAACUUAUCAAGAAGGCUUGGGAACUUGGUAUGGUUAACACUCAUGUUGAAUCAAAGUACGGUGGUAUGGAUUUGGGUGUAAUGGAUAGUGCUAUCAUUUCUGAAGAGUUGGCUUAUGGAUGUACUGGUAUCCAAACCGCUAUUGAAGCCAAUAAUCUUGCUGAAGCCCCACUUAUUGUGGCCGGUAAUGAUUUCCAAAAGAAAAAGUAUUUAGGACGUAUGACUGAAGCUCCUUUGGUUGCUUCUUAUGGUGUGACUGAACCUGGUGCUGGUUCCGAUGUCGCUGGCCUUCGUACACAAGCCGUCAAGAAAGCUGAUGGAAGUUGGGUCUUGAACGGCCAAAAGAUGUGGAUCACAAAUGCUGGUCAUGCUAAUUGGUUCUUUGUUCUUGCUCGUACAGAUGCCAAUGCAAACACAGGUAAUGCCUUUACCGGUUUUAUUGUAGAGGCUGAUACUCCUGGUAUCACUGUUGGUCGUAAGGAAAUCAAUAUGGGUCAACGUGCUUCAGAUACCAGAGGUGUUACCUUUGAAGAUGUUGUGAUCCCUGCUGAAAAUGUGUUGGGUACUGAAGGUAAAGGCUUCCAAAUUGCCAUGAACGCUUUUGAUAUCACACGUCCUUUAGUUGCAUCUGGUGCUAUUGGUUUAGCUCGUCGUGCAAUGGAAGAAGCUACUGCUUAUUCUUUAGAGAGAAAGACAAUGGGUAAGCCCAUCUUUAACCAUCAAGCUGUUUCAUUCAUGUUGGCUGAUAUGGCAAUCGGUAUCGAAAGUGCUCGUAUGAUGGUCUAUCGUUCUGCCUAUAUGCGUGAUCAAGGUGAGAAGAAUACAUGGCAUGCCAGUAUUGCCAAGGCCUUGGCAAGUGAGGUGGCCAACAAGUGUGCCGCUGAUGCCGUUCAAAUCUUUGGCGGUAAUGGUUUCAACACAGAAUACCCCGUUGAAAAGUUAAUGCGUGACGCAAAGAUUUUCCAAAUCUAUGAAGGUACCUCUCAAAUUCAACGUUUGAUCAUCUCUCGUGGAUUAGCAGAUCAAUCUAAAGCAGGCGCCAGUGCUCUCGGUGGUUUCUAAUUUGCCUUAAUAUUUAAUAAAAAAGCUCUUGUAUUUAUCUGAA